UAGCGGUAGAAGUAGAAGUAUUCAUUCAAAGGUAUGAAGAAACUAAUAAAAGAAAAAAUCAAACAAAAGAUUCUUUACUUCUCGUAAAAGAAAGAAACAAGACCAAAAAGCCUUUCGCCAACUUUUAUUACAAAACCUCCCAUCCCCACCUUCACUUUCUUCGUAUACGACCAAUAUGGAAGACUUCAGAUCCAGAUCGUACGGUGACGGAAGAACGUCAGACCGGAGAUACGACGGUCCAGAUUCACUCGGUGGUAAUGGUAUGCAAGAUCUCAGGUCUUACAGCACUUCCUACACCGAUCACCCGACCCGAAUACCCGAAGAUAACCCGAAUCAGAAGAAAGGAAAAUCUUCAUCUUCUUCAUGGGGAUUCGUGGAUCCAGAUAUAAAGAGGAAGAAGAGAGUUGUGAGUUACAGAGCUUAUACAGUUGAAGGUAAGCUUAAAGGCUCUUUCAGAAAAAGCUUCAAGUGGGUUAAAGAUAAAUGCAGCAAGUUGCUCAACUAAGCAAAUCUGCUUAAGAUAAUCAAACUUUUUUGUGGGUUUAAUGCGUUUAAGUAAGCUCGACGGUUUCGAUUUAGUUUAUACUUCUUUUUUAUCAUUAUUUGUCUGUGUGUGGGUGUGAUCGAGUCUCUUAAUUUAUUAUUGUGAUUGUGUAGCAAAAGAAAAUUAAUAAAAAUAAUAUAGAUAUGCUAUUA